AUGAAGUCCUGGAGAAAGGUUCUGCUGGCUGCCCUGCUGGCCUGGCUCCUCCUCUUCCUGUCUCUGCUCUGUCACUUCCUAGAUCUCAGAGUUCCACCUCAGACCCGUUCUGCAGCAGAAUUCGGACUCGCCCGUGGCCUCACCUCUGCAUUUCAGGUUCAGAGUAGGAACCGUGACAGGUUCCUGAGACGUUCUGGAACCUCAGAGGACGACUGGAGUUCUAAACGCUUCUAUAAGAAACAGACUAUGGAGAUUCUGCAGCGCCUGUGGACUGGAAAGCUGACAGCAGGGAUGCUGAGCCCUCGUCUCCAGAAGGCCCUGAGGGUCCAGCUGAACUUCAACAAACACCAGGUGGCAUACCAAGGGCCAAGAGGGUUACAUAGCUCAAAUAAAAAGCUAUACUGUGACCUCAAGAAAAGGACCGGCAUCCGCACUGUAGAUGGGACUGAGGAGCCUUUCUCCAGCCUGGGCUGGGCCGGCCUGGUGCCUUCAAUGACUCUGCAGGAGCUCUGGCCUUCUCAGUACCAGACAUGUGCUGUGGUGACAUCGGCGGGGGGCAUGCUGAACUCCUCUCUGGGCAGUGAGAUCGACUCCCAUGAUGCAGUUCUGCGUUUUAAUGCUGCCCCCACCAGAGGCUUCAUGGGAGACGUGGGCAACAAGACCACCAUCCGCCUCAUGAACUCACAGAUCGUGGCACUGCCUGAGCACGCCUUCAGCAGCAGCUCGCUGUAUAAGGAUGUCAUAUUGCUGAUCUGGGAUCCGGCGCCGUACUCGGCCAAUCUCACCCAGUGGUUCCUGAAGCCUGACUUCAACCUGUUCUCGGCGUACGUCGAACGGCGGCGCCUCCGACCGGAGCAGCCAGUCUACAUCCUACAUCCAGAGUUCAUCUGGACUUUGUGGGAACUGAUCCAAGAGAACUCAGAGGAGCUGAUCCAGCCGAACCCCCCGUCAUCUGGGUUCAUAGGCAUCGUGCUGAUGAUGUCACUGUGCCGUGAGGUCAGCGUGUACGAGUUCAUUCCUUCACUGCGUCACACCGACCUGUGCCACUACCACGAGCGUUACCAUGACGUGGCGUGCACGUUCGGAGCGUACCACCCGCUGCUCUAUGAGAAGCUGCUGGUGCAGAGGAUCAAUCAGGGGGGCGUGGACCAGCUCCGCACCAGAGGUCGUGUCACGCUGAAAGGUUUCAGUGCCGUCACCUGCCCCACCUGA